GCCAAAUCCAGUCGUCCAGCCAGUCUCUCGCCAUAGUCGUCGUCUCGUCGUCAGCCAGUCCUUCUCCUCAUUGUUUCCUGUCGUCGCCAAUGUGCCUGCACAAUCGACGAGGUUCAUAAGCAAAAGAUAAAGGUGAAAGUUCAAGUUCAAGGUCAUCCACUAAUUGUCCAGUUAAUUAGCAAACUGGAAGGACAAAAUACAGGAUUCGCCAGUAAAUCUCCCUGGCCAAUUUUCGAGUCUUCCAGUGAACUUGACACGCUUCGCUAUCAACUUUCAACCACUCGUUCAUCUCCAACUUUUUUCAAGCUCUACUAGUUCUAAAAUUCUCUGACUCAUUUUAUUAAAAAGACCAAACGAUACCACCAAUCCUGAUUGCAAGAUGAUAAGUUACCGAGUUCUGACACAUCCCCGCAGUAUCAUCACUACUGCAAGGAUACAACUACUUCAACCGCAAAGAUCAUUGACCCAGUUAACGAAAUCCGUCGUCCCUCCAAAUGAAUUUGAAGAUUUCAAAGUCGCCAACGAACCAAUUUUGGGGUAUGACAAGGGUACAAAGGAACGGAGGGUGCUAGAGUCUGCAUUGGAAAAAUAUUCAUCGGAAACAAUGGAAGUUCCCAUCGUAAUUGGAGACAAGGAGUACAAGACAGACAAUGUCAGAUAUCAAGUCAUGCCCCAUAAUCACAAGAAAAAGUUAGCAAAGUUUUACUAUGCAACGCCGGAUUUGCUCAACUUGGCAAUGACAACGGCUGUAAAAGCACAAAAGGAAUGGGAUAGAGUUCCUUUCAACGAUAAGUUCAAAAUGUGGUUAAAGGCAGCAGAUAUGAUGGCUGGUCCUUGGAGACCACGACUGAAUGCUACAACCAUGUUGGGUCAAGGCAAAACCGUUAUCCAGGCCGAGAUUGACGCUGCUGCGGAACUGAUCGAUUUCAUAAGGAUGAAUGCAUUUUUUGCAAAAGAGGUGCUAAAGUACCAACCUCUCAGUCCUAGUCCGGAGGUGUACAGAAAUCAUCUUAAACUGAGAGGGCUUGAAGGGUUUGUUGCUGCGGUAGCUCCAUUCAAUUUUACAGCUAUUGGAGGAAAUCUUGCAUAUACUCCAGCUCUGAUGGGAAAUGGAGUGUUACUCAAGCCCUCAGACACUGCAGUGCUAUCCAACUAUGUCAUAUUUCAAAUUAUGAAGGAAGUUGGUGUUCCAUCUGGUGUAGUCAACUUUGUUCCAAGCGAUGGUCCCGUUUUUGGUGACGCUAUAACAGCAUCUCCUGAUUUGGCUGGGAUUAAUUUCACUGGAUCUGUUCCAACCUUUUCAAGAUUAUGGAGUCAGGUUGGGAACAAUCUCUCAAAAUAUAAAAAUUUUCCAAGGCUUAUUGGGGAAUGUGGUGGCAAGAAUUUUCACUUUGUUCAUCCUAGUGCUGACGUAACAAGUGUCGUAAUGGCCACUAUUCGUUCCGCUUUCGAGUAUUCUGGUCAAAAGUGUUCAGCAUGUAGCAGGAUGUAUGUUCCCCAGUCUAUUUGGCCUAAGGUGAAAGAAGGACUGGUUGAAAAUAUGAAGAAGCUGAAAAUAGGGCCUGUGAAUGACUUCUCAGUAUUUACAUCAGCAGUAAUUGACGAGCGAGCCUUUGAUAGAAUUUCCGGCUACAUUGACCAUGCCAAAAAGAAUCUGACCAUCUUGCAAGGUGGUGAAUACGACAAGUCGGACGGCUACUUCAUUAAGCCAACCUUAAUCGAAACUAAGGAUCCCAUGGUAUUUUUUUCGGGUACUCGACCACAAGACAAGAUUAUGAGGGAGGAGAUAUUUGGACCAGUGUUGGCAGUUUAUGCCUAUCCUGAUGCAGAAGUUGAAAAAUCGCUCCAUCUUGUCGAUACUUCUACUCCUUACGCCCUGACAGGAGCCAUUUUUAGCUUGGAUGAGGCAUUUUUAACUCAUGCUAAAGAGUAUUUGAAGUAUUCCACUGGAAAUAUGUAUCUCAACGAUCGAUCAACUGGCUCUGUAGUUGGUCAACAGCCAUUCGGAGGAGGUCGUAUGUCAGGAACGAACGAUAAAGCUGGUGGGCCACACAACAUUCUCAAAUGGUCUUCUCCAAUUACCAUCAAAGAAACGUAUGUCCAGACAAAGGAGUGGACAUAUUCAUACAUGAAUAGUUAAAUUUGAAGCAAUCGUUUGAAACUUGAAACACGGAUCGGAAAUUACCGAGUGAUCGAAAUCAUAGUGUGAUGUUUACUGUAUUGUAUAAUAUAAUGUAACAGAAUGUGACCAACACGAGUCAAAAAAGAAAGUUCGUAUGUCGUGUCCAAUUUUAAUUUUACUUGUGAUCCACAUUGUUUGUAACUAAUGCUCACCAGAUCUUAUUUCGCAUAUGAUAUGAUAUGCAAUCCAAAAGUUUUUUUCUCGUUUUUAUUAAAUCCUUCGCUUCGCUUCGUUUGGAAUUGUGCUUUAAAAGUUUGACUUUGUUACUUGUUCGGUUUUUAUGAGGGUUCAUUUGUCCUCUUCUCAAAUCAAUUUGUUUCGUGUGGAAUAUGUUAUAGUAUAUAGACGAGCUGCAAAGUAUGCACUAUAUCCUUUUAACUAAAUGGACAAUAAUACUUUCUCAAAUUAGUAUUUUAUCAACGAUCAAUUUUAGCAUAUGUGGCUGUCUCCAUGAAAAGGGACCUUAUUCAUACUUUUCUCAUUUUGUACAAGCGGCAAAAUACCAAAACAGAACACUUUCAGCGAAACCCAUUUCGUCAAAAAGCUGAAUUGGCGAAAUAAACAUUAAUGUUAAGCAUUCCACCUCAAAUUUAAAACUUACGGUUGUACAGGCUUGCUUUACCUAAUAAAAAUAAAAAAUUUGCGCCUUGACCUUUUCCAGGACCUUAACGUGACCUAGACACUUAAUAAAACUUAAGGUCAUUCAGGCUUGUAUUGGCCUGUGCAAAUCUAAUAUUAGCGCCAUAUGAGCUACAAUAUUAAAUUUUAAAACAUUGUUCUAAAUUUAAUCAGUAUGAAAAUUUUCGCCAAAAGGUCGUUUUGCCAUAUUGUCGAUGCAGCACUUUGAAUUUAAAUAACUUUACUUGCAUUUGACAGAUUGAGCUGAAAUAAAUGGCAAAUUAAAGUAUAAGGCAAGAACCUUCCUAACAAAUUAAAGUCGCUAAAGUAGAUAUUUGAUGAAUAAGGUCCCUUUUCAUGGAGACAGUCACAUAUGUAUGUAGUGUGUAGCACGCAAUCAACAAUGUACCUUGAUGAAAUAAAUGUGUAUCCCGUUGGUGCAUGAAAAAAAUAAUGAAUAAAUAAAGUCGAACAAUUAGAAAAUCACAA